UGUGAUCUAACGUGGGCUCUAGCAACGGUACAACAAGGGUUGGCAAACUUCUACGUCAGGGCCGUUCUUGGGGAGGCCAUCGACAAGUGGGCAAAAGCUGUGAACUACAACCGUCCCGGACCGACUCUGAUCUUCAACGAAGACAGCGACUCGUUCUCGUUCGAUAAGCCAGAUCUACAGUUUGGCUUCAACUAUGGCAACCACGGAGAUGUGUUGCCCUUCGAUGGUCCGGGUCCGUCGGUUGCUCACUCCUUUUAUCCCUACAUCAGCGGCAUCUUCAACGGUCACGUGCACUUCGACGAAUACGAGGAUUGGACGAAGAGGUCUAACGUCGGGAAGCUGUUCCCAUUGAUAGCUCUACAUGAGCUGGGACAUGCGCUGGGACUGCCGCAUACCAACGACAACCGUGCCGUCAUGUACCCGGUGCUGGAUCGACGAAGCAUCAAGACCCACGACCUGCAGCCACAGGACGUGGGGGCCAUUCAGAACCUAUACCAUUACCGGCUGUGUGAGGGUAACGGUGAUGGCGGCCGUGGCGGCCGUGGCGAACGUCCCAACUACGGCAACAACCGUGACGGUGGAUUCGACGACCGUGGCUUCAACGGUGUCAACUACAACGACGGACCCGGAUUCAACAGCAACUUCGGAGGUGGAUUCGGAAGCGGCGGAUACGGCGGCGGCCCCUUCGGCGGAAACGGUUUCGGAGGCGGGUUCCAAAUCUUCGGGGGUUUCCCGGCGUUCGGCCGCGGUUCACCGCUAGGGGGCGGCGUGCACGGCGCCCGCCAGCCGAUCGGCUACAGUGGACCUAAUUUUGGCAAGAAGAAGAAGUAGACGCGGCCGCCAGAGGGCAAUGCGUGUGCUUGCUAUCGACGGGAGGCUGAAAGACGCUAGAUGUCGCUAGUGGCGCGCACGUGGGAGAGUGAUAUGGCGGCGAUCUGACGAGACGCCGUGCAAUGUGAUAUAGCCCGUCAGAGGGCGUUGCGUACAGACCGAUACGUGUGUAUAUAGAUGGGCGCGUUCUCUUAUUACAUGCGUCUAAACAGAGGAAUUGCUCCGACC